AUGUCGCGCCCUUGCCAGCAACGGCGCUCGAGUGCGGCUGCGAAUCGCAAAUCCAGGGGCUCCAAGCCAACAGGACCUCCCCCCAUCAGACACAAAGCACGGCAAAAGGCGAUACACAAUGCUCGACACGGGCGCGGCGGAGGACGCGGCGGAGCGCGAGGUCGAGGCCGCGGCGGACAAGCAGGCAGUCGUGGCGGUCGUUUUGCACAGAAGAAUGGCAGGAACGACUCGGAACAAGAUUUCAUCCCUCUGUCCUCUGGUGGGAACAAUUUCGAGGCGCUGUACCGGUCCAGCAGACGGGACGACGACUUCGAUCUGGAAGUGCAUGGCGACAGCAGCGACUCGGACGAGCUCCUUGACGAGGACAUGUACGACGCCCAAGACAUCGCCAUCAACGUACAGGCGCCACCGCCUACGAUGAGUAGAGGGAGACAACCAAGAGCACAAAUCAUGUUUACCGAGGCCGCCGCCGUUGCCGUAUACCAUCACAUCUAUCUGCGCAACUUCCCACUGACUACGACGACGACCCGAGUGCGCUACCUCCUCUACCAGGAAGACACUUCUGCCGAUUCGAGCGCAUACAUCUCCUUCGCGCCCUCCCCACUGUCCCGUCGAUCGAGCAUUAGCAGCGCCACCAGCCACGGUUCUAUCAACGAACCACCAACACCCGAGUACAACCCUGCCCGCGACUACGUAUGGACAUUUGGAGCGCACAGCGGCAAGCGCUUCGCGGAUGUUCCUGACAACUACGUUAAGACGAUUGGCGGUCAGCUCUACAAGUACAUAGACAAGCACGCGGGUCUCCUGGAAGCAUUCGAAUACCACAGGCCGGGACAAGCACGUCUUAAGCCACCACAGGCCGACCAGCCGCAGAUCCAACCCCAACGGACCCAGCCGCAAUCAUCGCGGCCACAGCCACAGCCACAGCCACAGUCACAGCCAUCUCAGUCACAAGCUCCUUCGGCCUGUAUCACAUCUCACCCCGUCAUGGCGAGUCACGGAAAAUGCGUGCAACCAGAUUUAGAAGCAUCUCAGUCCAAAUCGCGACGCCAUACCAAGCGAAGGAGGGCAGCGCGAUCCAAGGCCGCGGGCAACACAACUGCGCAGAUCGACGUGCGAUACAUAAAGACCCAGCCAAAGAUCCAGCAGCCUACCGAGACCUCGCGAGCCAAGUCCUUUCCAGGCCAGAUAUCCCAAUUCAUUAAUCUGACAUUGAGUGAUGAGGUGGAAGAGGGUUUCCCUACGUUUUUAUCGAAAUCUAAACCUCUUCAACAUCAAGCCGAGGAGCAAAGCCACUCAAGGUACGCUCUGCGUAGCAAGAAGCUCGGAAACACUCGUGAACGCUUUCCAAAUCCUCCCUAUAUGACAUCUGCACGGCCAUUGGCUCACACGAUGGCAACGCUGGAGCAGGAGCAAUCAGAGCAUUCCAAAUCGGCAGGACAGCACUGUCCAGAGAGAAUCAUAGAUCAGAACGAAGGCGAAGAAAGAUGGACCUUGCCACAGAAGCCACAGGUACUUACACACCGCUUUAGUAAGCGUCCGCAAAAGUGGGAACAAUCGGAACAACGGGUUUGGAACGCAGAAAGAGAAGCGACGAGAGAGGAGGGGACAACGGCAAGGUCAGCCAAUGACACUUGGGAGCCAUCGACUUCUACAGAUAUUAUGUUCACAAUCCCAGAAGCAAUGACCGCACUUGUCCGGCCCCAGCUUGCAGAUAGCAUCGCCUACAACCUGCCAACUGGCGCAUACAUUUCGUAUCCCAUUAAGAGGUCGUACCACCUGGGCGCCAUGGGCCGGUACACCUGUCGCUCUGCAUACUAG